GGGAUAUCGAGCUAGCCAAUCUAGAAUGAGUGAAAAUCAAUUUCGAAAUUAUUCUCUUUCUUUUCAUUGGAAGAUAUCCUCGAUGAAUCGCUCAUUAUGUUGUUGCUUAGAAAUAGAGUAGGUGGGACCAUUCAUUUCCCUCACACGUCAUACAUUUCCAACCCCGCCACGGCCUUCAGCUUUCGGCCGAAUCUUUUGCAACUUCAAAAAUCGCAACAACAAAAUUUCUCAGAAUGGCUCCAAAAAUCUUCAUGUUAGUAUUAGAUCAAUUCGACGGCACAAUACUAAUGGGCUAUGCAGUACGGGAACCACUGGUUACAUUGGCGGGGACCUUUUCUACGCGCUUGAAAAGGCACAUCCAGACUACGAGUACACGGCAAUAGUACGGAACUCUGAAAAGGGUGCUCCAGUAGCCGCGGCAUAUCCAAAAGUACGACUUGUUUAUGGAACUCUUGAUGAUUCGGAGUUGCUGGAGAAGGAGAGUGCUGCAGCUGAUAUUGUAAUUCGUACGUUACCUAGAUCCUUUUGAAUUCAAUACACCGAUCUAAUGGGUUUUUUAUAGAUACCGCCGAUGCAUCAGAUCACGCAGGAGCCGCCCGCGCAAUCGCCAAAGGAAUAGCAGCCGGCCAUACCAAAGAAAAGCCCGGAUUCUGGCUACACACCUCCGGUACCGGAAUCCUAGUCUGGAAAGACAUGGAAACUAAUACUUAUGGCGAGCCACCUUCUCAACAACCAUAUGAUGACCUCGAACGGGUUUUAGAUUUGACUUCACUGCCUGAUUCUGCUUUCCAUCGGGAUGUCGAUAAGCUCGUCCUCGCAGCUUCUUCGGACAUCGUUAAGACUGCUAUUAUUUGCCCGCCAACUAUCUACGGCAAAGGUAGAGGACCGGGAAAUCAACGGAGUAGACAGGUUUAUUCUCUUGCGGAGGGGACUUUGAAACAUGGUCAAGCGCCGCAACUUGGAAAAGGUCUUACGGAAUGGGAUCAUGUUCAUGUUCACGAUCUUUCUGCCCUCUUCGUUCUCCUGGUGGAUGCUGCACUUGAGCAUAAACCAGAACUCGAUCCCCAUCUUUGGGGGAAGGAGGGCUAUUUCCUGGUGGAGAAUGGACAUCAUGUCUGGGGUCAGGUAUCUAAGCAGAUUGGUGAAGUUGCUUUUGAGAAGGGAUAUAUCAAGGAGAAGAGUGUUAAGCCCAUGGGUGUGGAGGAAGCGAAGGAGUUUGCUGGGUUUGAGGCCCUGUCUUGGGGGUUGAAUUCUAAGGGGUUUGCGAAGAGGGCGAGGAAGUAUUUGGGUUGGGGUCCUAAGGGGAAGAGUUUAAGUGAGGAGAUUCCGGAUAUUGUUGAUAGUGAGGCGAAGAGGUUGGGGAUUAAGAAGGGACAUGCGGAGGUCGCUUCGGGGAAGGCUUGAGAGGGAUUUCUACAGGGAAUGAGAGCCUUGUGUAAUUUCUUGGUCGCGGGAGAGAGGCUAGGAUUUCAAUUUCCGUACGAUUUUGAGUCGAUCAAUCAUGGAUUAAUUGGACUCUAUCACUCUAGGCCACAAUUGAUCAGUGAUACUCGCUUUGAGUUGUGAGU